AUGACGUCCCUGCCUUCCAACACUAAUCCCGACACUGAUCCGCCAGGCACCGUUCAUCCCAAUCAGGGAAUUGAACCAUAUCAAGACACUCACGCCGAGAAUUCUCUCACACCCCAUGACUCGAACGGCGCCCUUACACUUACUUGUGAAGAGUUUUCACAACGACUGGAGCAAGCCAAUGACAAAUGCGAGCUUUAUGCUGCAUGCACUGCCCUCCGCCUUAAGGUCAUAUGCGACAAUGCUCAGCCUGAUACAAGCUCGAUAACUCUGCAAGUUGACAUCACAACUGGCAGAGCCGAGCAAGCAUCGCCAACCUUUGCAGACACCUCACAGACACUCGUUGAUGAUGACAGUGGAUUAGGAGCUGAUCUGGAUGAAGAAUACGAGGUCGAUGAAGAGAACGAGGAUGAGGAUGAGGAUGAGGAAGUGGCAAACGAGGAGGCUGACGAGAUGAUCGACCUCUCUUUUGAGGAAUUCCAGAAACGCUGCCGGACACAGCGUGCUAUUGUUCAUGCAUGGGAGGAGUUCGUCACUUUGGCCUUACAAAGACAAGAAAUUCGCAAUCGUAUAAUUGAUGAACACCACUUGAUUCUUUGGAUCAAGUACUGUGCUGAACGGCCAAAACGAACACGCAAGGGAAUUGAUAUUCCAGGGAUGUUUAUCGGAGCAUCUCAUCUGAAGAAGCUAUACUUUGGAGUCCUUCGUAUCUGGAAGGAGCAAGAAGCCGAAACACCUAGCCUCAAGUACACAUGCCCUGGACUAUUGAAUGAGUGUGAAUGGGUCUUUCUCCAGGCAAAGAUGCCGUCGAUAUCAUCGCGAACACAUUCUUGGAAGGCAUCACAGAUUCAGGGGAAUUUACUGAGAAGAUUGGGAUGGGGUUUCUCAGACAUCGAAACCAUAUUUCAUUCUGUCAUCAUUGGCCAUCUUGCAUGGACGGCUCAAAAUGCGAGCGGUAACCGCGGCAAUGAUCUCCGAUCUCUCAAGUUGGCCAAACUUCAGCCGUUCGAGUUUUCACAUCCAAGGGACCCAAAGGUGAAGAUCCCUGUGAUACUUGGGUUGCAGGGGGAAGAGAAGGCAGGGGGCAGUCGGGGAAUGCGCACGAAAGUGAAUCCUGUCUAUAACAUAUAUUCAGAGCAUCAAAACCCUCUCAUGAGCCCGAUGGAAAAACUCGACAUUGAUUGGUCUCUGAAUAAAAGCUGGCGAGAGAUCUAUGUUCUACACAGCAGCACCUCACCAACGAAACAGUUCCACAAGCAAAAUCUCUACGGACUCUAUGUGAAAGCAUAUCAAGAUGCCGGCUUUGAGAAACUUGGGAUCGAUCCAACGUCAACAUCUCGCUUAGGCUGGGUGCGGGGCCACACAUAUUUUGAUAAGUAUGCUCCAGCUUUUGUAAAAGAAGCAAUCCUCGGAGCAUGUGGAUAUCGGAUUGACAAGCCUUAUGAUCCUCGUUGGCGUCAUGUUCAUGUCCCAAAUGACUUUCUCAAGCUUCUCUGGCCAAUGGUGGAAGAGAAGGAGGCGAGUCUUGCUGGAAGAGCAAAUUUGGUUGGGGCGAGCCGUUACUGGACCAUGCUCAUAUGGCUUCGUCCUUACUUCUUCCAGUGCGGAGCUGCUAUAUUUCAGGCUUGUCCUGAGUCUCGCCUUUUCGUGUUGCCUGCAUUCGAGAAUCCGGCCAUGAAGAAGUGGAUGAAGGAAGAUUUCCCUGUGGCCCUCGCGCGCCUGACUGCUAGCACACCAGAGGAGCCGAUUGACUUUUCACAAGUCCAGGAUGAGUCAAUACGCAAUGGACUUCAAGGGCUUCACAGCAUGUUCACUCGCCAGUCGCUAAUGCUAGAGUCACUAAGCACAAAGAUGGAGUGCCGAACAGCUGCCCUUUCACCAAUGAAGGCCUUCUCAAAUGGUAGAUAUUAUCAAAGCUACGUCAAUGAGGGCAUUGCCUCAAUAGCAUGUUCUAUGCCAGCAUCAGAGCCACUCGCGCAACCUGUAUUCGAUAACAGAACAGCUUGCCCCCCCGUGACACCACCAAGGUCACCAAACACUGCGGACAACCAACAAGAGCCACCUCCAAGUCCGCAGCAGCCGUCCGUUCAACUAGUGCUACCCCAUAUCUCAGCCUUCUCAACGCCAGGUGAUUCCCAUUCUCUAUGGCUGCCAAUUUUUGGCAAUCAGCACAUCAAUUGGGAUGACGUCUUCAGAUACAUUCGACAUCCUGAGAUGCUAUGGGCCUACUGGCACCCAUCAAAGACGCUUGACAAAUACACUGUGCAUGAGAUCUGGACAUGCUACAAUACCGGUGAAGGUGUCUUCGAUGAGCAAGGUAAUCAAACCAGUGUUAAGCCACCACUUCGCCUGGUUGAACAAUACUUCAAGGCUCAAUGGCGAAAAGAUACAUCAACUUGGAAGGCCUGGGAGCGCUUCCGUGAGGUCCCUGAAUAUAUCAAGAAGGAAGCAAAACUUCGAGACGUUUCCCCGGUUGUGGUCAUCGAAGAGCUUGAUGAAUGGUGUAAUAGCAGGGGUGGUCAGAAGAGGGGCAUGUCUGCUCUGGCUUGA